UUACUCGGUAGUUGUACACCGUCUUAAACCUUCGAGAACCCUAAACCUACAUCUUCCCGCUGUCGUCGCCUUCACACAUUGGCCGACGGGAGCAAAAUCCUAGCUCCCGAUCGCCAGUAUUGGCGUGCACUGAUGAUCUCUUUUUUAGCUUCUCUUCUAACCGUAUUCUGAGCUACUCGGCGCAUAAUUUGAUCUGUAUCAUAUGGCUUGCUGCCGGAAGGGCCUUACCGUUGGAUACAACUACUUAUCCCGGCGAUUUCACCCAUCUUUCUUCCACCUCGUACAGGAAGAUAGAGAACGUUCUGGAGCCCCGCAACCGUUGCCACUUCCACUGACUGCAACGGUACCGCGAGCCGCCUCUUACCAAUCGUUCGAUAGGUUCAGAUUUCCCGAUCGGGAUUGGAGGAGGUUAGGAUUUUCUCUUCCGAUAGCAAUCGAUCGAUAUUCCAGGAAUUACUCGUCUAGUUCAGAUGGGUCGAAUGAGAUUGGGUACAUCAAUGAUGUCGCCGAUGUUCUUACCGAAACUACAGUGGAUACGAGCACAGUUGCCACUGCCGCCAGUGCUUCUUCAGUUCCGCUCCCGUUCCCUGGCGAAGUUGCAGCUGCUGCCGCGGAUUCUUUCGUCCCUGUUGCGGCGUUGCAGCAUUUGAUUGAUGCAGUGCAUUCUUUCACCGGCUUGAAUUGGUGGGCUUGUAUUGCCUUGACAACUCUUUUGAUUCGGGGAGCCACCGUUCCUCUACUGAUAAACCAGUUAAAAGCUAGUGCUAAACUAAAUAUUAUGAGGCCAGAGCUGGAGAAAAUCAAGGAGGAGUUAAAUAAUAAUAUGGAUCCAGAGUUUCUUCAAGAGGGCCAAAAGCGGAUGAAGGCAUUAUUCAAAAAGCAUGGAGUCACUCCAUUUACUCCGCUAAAGGGUGCUUUAAUUCAAGGUCCUAUUUUUAUCAGUUUUUUCUUUGCUAUUUCAAACAUGGUUGAGAAAGUACCAUCUUUUAAGGGAGGCGGAGCAUUUUGGUUUACAGAUCUGACGACUCCAGAUCCCAUGUACAUUUUUCCAGUUUUGACUUCUUUAACAUUCUUGGCAACUGUUGAGUUGAAUAUGCAAGAAGGCAUGGAAGGGAAUCAUAUGGCCAACACCAUGAAGAACUUUUCUAGGGUACUUGCUCUUUUGACAGUUCCAUUUACCGCUAGUUUUCCGAAGGCCAUUUUCUGUUACUGGGUGACAUCGAACCUUUUCUCCCUUCUCUAUGGAUUUGCACUGAAGCGCCCUCCAGUGAGGAAGUUCUUAGAUCUUCCUGAAGCCGUUCCCAAGCUGGAACUGGCAUCGCAGCCCAAUUUCUCCUUCUUUGGCACAUCGAAGCCAGUUCUUCCUACAGCCUCUCCUACGCAAGAGAUUGAAUCCACGCCGGCUAAAACCCCAGAACGAAGGGUAUCUUCAUCUGCUGCUAUCAGCCAGCGCAUCAAGAAUCUUGAGAAGAACGUUAAAGCCAGAAAUAAAUACCAGAAGAGGUGAAGACCAACUGGAAAUUUUGGUUCGCGUCAUAAAUUAUACUCUGAUUCCUUUUCAUAUUCUUAAAGACUUUUCGUAAUUUUAACUCUAAUUUAUUAAAAUGUUUUAAUAGAGGAUAUAAGAUGUCUUAAAAAAAAUAAAGCUUAUAUAUCCUUGACUUAGCUCGAUUAGUUUGCAGCCCUAUUGAUGCCAUAUCAUUUAUACCUAAACCAGCUGUUGUUUUAUGUGAGCAAAAUUUCUAAGGCAACUCUCUUUAAUCUUAUCUUUCA